GCGGCGGGGAGCGCGCCGGGCGGCGGGGAGCGCGCCGGGCGGCGGGCAUCAGUUGGUGGCGUCCGGCCGGCCGGCGUGGAGCGUGCACAGAGGGCCGGCGGCAGGGGCGAGCGGCGUGCACAGGCGGCGUGCACACAGCGCAGUGCACAGUGUGGUGCACGCGUCGGUUAGUACCGUCUGCCUGAGCUGUGUGAGCACAGUAAUGUGCUGAUUGGUGAACUGAGGCGAGGGAGCCGCAAAACAUUCAGUGCUGGUGCUGUGUUGAGUAGAGGCGGACUCUCUGAGCUGAGGACAAAGUGUGGUGCGAGGACUGAGUAGAGAGACGUGACUGCUGUUUGUUUGGUACUGGUUACCAUGGAGACCGUGAGGGACAAUCAGGAAGGACCGGUGAGUCUGGAGCCAGAUGUCUGGAUUCAGGAUACAUCCAUCCGGGACACUCCUGGAAACACCCCGGAGUCCACCAGGAGUCAGGAGACUCCCGUCAAGAGUCAGGAGAAGGGCGGAGGUCUCCUGGGAAAGCUGCGCCGUCGCUCCUCAUCCGCCAGCACCACUCCUGUGAAGGGACGCUCACAGCAGAGGACACUCAGCGAGGACCCCGACAUGGGCCCGGAUGACGUCAUCAUCGACAGCAGUGUCCCUCAUGAUUCGGAGCGUUCAGGGCGCCGUCUCUCCUCGCUGGUUCACGGCGUGCAGAGCCUGAAGCGCCGCCUGGCGGCCCGCCAGCUGACCGCCUCCGACUCGGAGAGGCGCCUCCACAGAGCCUCGGUGGACAGCAGGAGCAGCGACGGCUCGGAGCUGUCCUCGUCCGGGAGUGAGCCGGUGAUGGUGGGCAGCAACCGCAGCUCGCUGCUCUCCAACAUGUCCUCCUCCUCUGAGGACUCUGACGUCGUCUCAUACAGGGGGCCGACGGUGGGCCGCGCGCGCGCCCGCGUCGACUACGUGCCCAGCCCUUACGACCGCGAGGCGCUGCGCUUCAGUCGCGGUGACAUCAUCGACAUCAUCAGCAUGAAUCCGAGCGGCCUGUGGCGCGGCGCGCUGCACGGACGCGUCGGCACGUUCAAGUUCAUCAAUGUGGAGGUGCUGCCGGACGAGGUGGCGCGCCUGCGUGAGGCCGGUGGCGUGCUGCCGCCGCUCAAGACGCGGCCCGUAUCCGUCAAACACCUGCUCGAGGAGCUCGGCGUUUCGGAGUACGCCUCGAUAUUUCAUCUGCACGGGUUUGACAGCGUCGAGGACUUCCACUCGCUGGAGGCGGAGCAGCUCUCCGACCUGGGCAUUGUCGACCCGGAGCACCGCUCCAGCCUGCUGGGCGCCGCCCAGGUGCUCACUGCCGGACCAGACGCGUACGGCGCCGAACCACUGUGCGACUUCAGCCAGCCGCUGCUCUCGGAGCUAAUCCGCGACUCGGGCUGCUACGACGUCUGGCGGCUGACCGAGGAGACCGCCACCAGUGAGGGAGACCCGACCGAGCGGCCGACCUCUCCGGCAGCGGAGGGCGCGCCGCAACCGAACGGCGCGCCCGCAGCCGGUCCGGAGUCCCGACCCGACCUGCCGAGCCCCCGAUCGGACAGAGCCGCGGCAGGAGGAGGCUGAGGAUCGUGCGGAGGAGGUGGGAGAGGAGGAGCGCCAGUAUCCCCCGGAGGAGAGCGCAGCCGCAUCCGCGGCCGGCGCGCCCGAGCAGGACAGUGGGACGCUGCCGGCUGAGGCCGGACAGUGCGCCGCGGCAGAGACCAGUGAGGCGGGAGACCUGGUGCACGCCCAGCCGGCCACCGUGACGCCCGCCGCGUCGGACGCCGCGCGCCAGGCCACUCCGCCACGCGCCGCUGUGGACUUUGCGCGCAAAUUUGAGAGCGCGCGCAGCGUGUUCGAGCCGAACUGUGUGCGCCGCCAGAUUCCGGUCGGAGUCCGCGGUCGGACGCCGGUCGCCGAGUCCGCCGGGGUCGGCGACGAGGUGACCGUGUAGGCGGCGACGGUGGCGCCACUGUCAGCGUUACGUCAGUCACAUGUAACUCCAGUUGGCGCGGCGGCCGCUAGUCUAUGAGGGCGGCGAGCUCUGUGACCGACUGAACUUGCGUUGUCCCACGCUGUCAAUGCUCUCAGCUCAGUGCAGAAAGUUGCCGUGACGUUCAGCGAGUGUGGAAUGCUCUCAGCUAACUUAAUCGGAGGGGACUGUAUUCGAACUGGAGUCUCAUUUAGUCGGUUUUGAGGACUUCGUAUGGGUGUUUUUUGUUUCUUUUCAAUGCAGUCAUGUUUGUGAUUUUUUUUUGCAAAUCUGUGAUAGACUGGACUAAUGGUGUUAUGGUUUUAUGCUCAAUGUUUCACUUUGAGCCAUAAUACCCAUGCAUGCCAAUGUUCGGUAAAGACCCGACAUUUUGUUUGUAUAUCCAUGUUACAACAUUGUAUCCCCUUAGUUGCAAAGCAUCGGUAUUGUCGACAAAGGACACUGACAGCUUAUGACCAUGGUGAAUAUGAUGGGACCGAGUAGCCAUGAUACCCCACGCCCCUUCGUAAAUAUUCCCACAUUCAUAAGCAAACAUCAUACAACCUCUCAACAAGGCAGAUUUUCUUCCAUUACCGCAAAGCCUCGAGUGCCUCGAGCUAAGAGCACUGCAGCGCGCUUGAUGUCCCUAACCAUCUGUGCUACGCCAAUUCAAUGGAACAUCUGUGCUGUUCACUGUUAUCGUUUAAGGGCUCAAACGUCCCUGGUCAGUCUGCAAGGCCACAUAACCACCAUAUACGGCUGACUAUUGUCAGGACGACUUGUGGGACAUGACAGAAUGUGAAAUGUCCUAUACAGAUGUCUCCAAUCCGUGUCAUGGCCGGGACCUGCCAGUGUCACAAGGUGUCGCAACAUGUUGCUUUCUGUUCCUCAGAAUAAUAUGAGGAGCCUACGCACUGUUAUGUAGGUUCACAUGUGAAUACCAGCGUGGUAACUGUAUACAAUAAUGCUAAGUCAUGCGAGGCUGGUGCAGUGUAUUGCUUGUUGGGUUCAUGACUGCAAGUGUAAAUCAUUUGUCAUAUUGUGUCAAUAAAUGUCAGCAAAAUGAA